AUGACCCCUUCAAGGGGGCGCAAGGUGCAUAUUUCGGCCUGUACCACUCGUCAGGUGUCCAGUGCCGCUGGGACCGGUGGUCCGGCGAACAUCGGCCGAGAACGGGGGCGGGGGGCGGUGGGCAGUGGGCAAGGGGUUACGGAGACGAGACGACUGUCCACUCCCGCUUGUCCGAACGGUCUGCAUCCUCCCUUCGUCGGUGCACUCGAAGACCUGCGGAGGUCGUUAGGUCGAGGCAUAAACGUCGUGCCAAUCGGCGCCCAUCUGGCCCGACUCGGAGGGAAGCAGGGUCAGGUCUCUGGGGGAACAAGCAAACAUUUGUGA